AUGAAAUUUAAUGUACUCAUUUCGUUGAUUGUGGUGAUCAUUCUAGCUAUCGUUUCGUUGGCUACAAAUCCCUUUAUCGGAAUAAGUGGCACAACCAGUACGUUUCGGGCGUUGGUCGCGUUCAAUUUCCUCGGCUUAUUUCUCGCCAUUGCUGCUUUCAUCUUGUUCGUCAUCUUAUUUUUCACAUGCGAGGCCAAAUACGGAGUGCUCAUGGUUACAAUCGUGGUCUUUACCGGUGUAUCUCGACCUCCUCAGGGAAAUCGCCGUCCGCGGCUAGCUCAUCAACGUCGUCCAAAACCCCUCAAUUACUUUGUCGAAGUCGAGGACUCACGAUACCCGUUCGACGGGUUGCGCCAUGUCAACUUGAAAAAUUGA